AUGUUCAACAAAUCCACCUUUCUGAAGGGUGCGGGUGCCGCCGCAACUGCACUAUGUCCCGGUGGUGGAAGCAGUAUCGGAUCCGGCACCGGUGGGCCUUCUUCCGGUACGAUCGGUUCACUGGGUGAAAAGCAACGGUUCCGCAAAAUGAGUAUGCUACUGAAACCGGUCAAGCUGCUCACCAAACGGCGGUGCUAUUUAUGUAUUAAGAUUGCGGUACUGAUCGUUGUGUUUGGGCUAUACUUCAUGCUACUGCUCCGAGAAUCGAUGAGUGCUCUGACGGGAUCCUCGUCCUCCUCGUCGGGUUCUUCCUCACCGUUCGCAUCGUCUGCGUCAUCGAUGCCCUCGUUCGCGGCCCUAUCAUCACGUGGUGGAAUGGUCAAAAAGGCUGCUCUACCAGCAGCCAAACUGGAUGUGAUGCAGGAUAAGCAGCGUCACGGUCGAGGUGGAAAGCAUGGCAACAGUGCAGUCGGUGCCGAGGCACGGCUAGCGCGACCAGCGAAACAGCACCAUCAGUUCCCACCGCUGCUACACCAGCAGCAGUCACCGGCCGACGGGAGCAACCAUUCGACGCUGAAUCCGGUGUACGAGUAUUCGGACGAGAUGAAUGCCGCCGCCGAGACGGACUUUAACGAGCGGCGCAUGAUGCUGUGGAACGUUUGUGCCGAGCAUCGCAUCAUCGGCAAGUAUCCGCCGAACGCGUGGGAAUUUUUCAUCUCGCCCGGGCACGGUAUCGCGUGGUGCAACAUCUUCAAGGCGGCCAGCAGCACAUGGAUGUAUUAUUUCAAUAUACUCGGAGGAUACAGUGUGCAGUACCUGCAGCGCACAAAAGCAUCACCGAUCGAUCUGGCGCGGAAACGAUUUCCCCGACCCACCGCUAACGAGCUGAACGAUUACAUCUCCAACACGAUAUCGUUCCUUAUCGUCCGGGAGCCCUUCGAGCGGUUGCUCUCGGCCUAUCGGAACAAGCUGGAAGGAUGUCGCAACAAAUACUACAAACUGCUCGGCGAGCAGAUUGUCAAGAAGUUCCGUAAAAUUCACCCACUAAAGGGAGUCAAAACACCACACGGUCCUACGUUUCGUGAAUUUCUCGAGUUUCUCGUCAGCCAUUACCGUUCCGGUGGACGCUUCGACGAGCACUGGAGCCCGGUUUACUCGUUCUGUACGCCCUGCAGCAUCAACUUUACGCUUAUCGCCAAAAUGGAAACAUUCCAGCGGGACAGUGAGUACAUUAUUCGGCAGGCCGGACUCGAGACGCUGCUGUUGAACAAGAUGCCUCGCUACAAGGCACGCUGGAUAACGAACCGAUCAGCGAGCGAUACCCGUAACCUUAUUCCCCGAUAUUUCGCACAAAUCGACGAGAAACUGCUCACGGACGUAUUGGAGAUCUAUCAGCUGGACUUUGAGCUGUUCGGGUACAACAGCACCAAGUACUACAGCUACGUUCAAUCGCCCGAUUAUGGAUAGCCUACGGUCGGGACCAUUUGGGACGGGCAAAUUACCUUAAAA